AUGAAGUUGGUUCUAAUAUUCUUGGGAGGACUGCUCAUCCUUGGAAAUUAUCCUUCCUUUGGACAGUAUUUUCCCUGUAGUCCUACCGAUGCCAUUUGUGUGUGCUCGGGUCACCAGGCGGGCGAUUUGGUUCCGGAUUGCGAUGAUUGCUCUGGUUACAUCCUUUGUGGCAAUGGUUCUUACCAGAAACUAAAGUGCCCCUUAGGUCAGAUCUAUAGCAUCAGCUUGAAGGCCUGCGUGACCGGUCAGUGUCCCAGAUCGGAUGGCACUUGUGUGAGUAAUUCCACAGUCCCUCCGCCACUCACUCCAGAAACUCCACCCCCUCCAGGACCGUGUGCCAAUGAUGUGAUAUGCAGCUUCCACGGACAGAUUAUCGCCCAUCCUGAGCACUGUCGAUUGUUCUACACCUGCGUGGAGAAUUGUCCUGCCUUGGGAUUCUGUGAGCUGGGCAAAUGGUUCGAUCGCGAGAAAUAUGUGUGUGACUAUCCCCAAAAUGUCCACAACUGUCCCUCUAAUAAGGAGUAGGACAUGGACUUUUUAUGGCUUUUAACGCCCAACUGUUAUUAUAUUCUUCCUACAUUUUUAAAUUACUCACAGUUUACCGAGUUUACCAGUUUAAACAACUAAAUUCA